UUGCCUGUGGAGCAUUCAGGUGAGCCUGACAGUCUUUGUUCAACCAGCCGCUGUUCUGGUGGGACAUGGAUGCAGUCACCUCUCCCAGAUGUGCCUGUCCAGGUCCUGAUCCACUCUGGAGGUACCUCACAGAGCACGAUCCGAAAUGUGAAGGGAAGAAGAAACUCAAGAUCUCUGGCAGAGAGCUGCUGUCAGUUCCCAUACAGGUCUUUGGCUUGGAACAGCUGCAGGUGCUGGAGAUGAGCCCAGAACGAGAGAGCUGCCUGAAGUACAGGAUGGAGCUGCUUCCCCAGGAGAUUGGCCGUCUGAGGAACCUCACCUGCCUCUAUGUGGACUCCAACAACUUGAAGAAAAUCCCUGCUGAAAUUGGCACUUUGAGCUACUUGGAGAGGCUCACUCUGAGCAACAACAGCCUGAGCUCACUGCCCGCAGAGAUGGGGGCACUCCAAAAUCUGCAGAGCCUCCACCUUGCCAACAACAGCCUCACUGAGUUGCCUGCACCCCUCUGCCAGCUGAGGAGCCUCACCUUUCUGGAUGUGAGUGACAACAAAAUAGAUACCAUCCCCUCCAGCAUUCGGCAUCUGGAGAAACUGGAAACGUUGCUAUUGCUCUUUAACUCGCUGGAGAGCCUUCCUGAGGAUGUCUGCCUUCUAAGGAAUCUGCACACACUUUGGCUGGGAAACAACCGUCUACAGUCCCUUCCAGCAGCCUUUGGGGAGCUGGUGAACCUGGACUGGGGAUACAACUAUUGCUCAUGCAAUUUUGAGGGGAAUCCACUGCAGAGCCCUCCCCCUGAAGUCUGCAGCAGAGGCCCUGAAGGGAUCAGAGACUAUUUCUCAUCACUUCAUAGGAUUUGGAAAGACUAAAACACUGGUGUCAGUCCUCUUGAAAUGACUGUGAUGGAUUUAUCCUGUGCAAAUCAUCUGCACAAGCAAAAUGUGUUUCAGACAGAAAGGUCUGUUGAAAUCAUUGUAUGGAACUCAAAAGCUUCCUCUGUGCUGUAAGGAGAUUUUUUUUUCCUUAAACAAACAUUGAACAGUGGGAUACACCUUUCAAAAACUCAUCCAGGGACAACUGUAAUAUUUUUUUGUAUUUAUAUUUAGAGUGGCAUAGGCUUAUCUCAAGAAAUGUUGUAGACAAUCAUCCAGUCUGAGAAAAUAAGCAAGUCUGAAAGGAUAGAGUCAGGUAAACAAGUGGUAUGUAAAUAGCAAAAAUCUGUACUCUUUGUUUGUACAUUGGACUGGAAGUAAGUGCACGCUGAGAUUUCUGGAAGCUUUUAAGGUCAUACUAACUUGUGAAUUUGGCUUUGCUUUAGGUAGCCCAGAAUCUCAUCAUUUUCCCUGGUAUUUUGCAUGAAACACACAGGUUGAAUCAGCUCAGGCUUCUGUCUGGCUCGGGAUAAAAAACAACCUGUAUCCACGUCCCACAAGCUAUUGUGCAAUGUCUCCAUUCCUUUGGCAGACAUAGUGUAUUCCUCCUGAAGAGCAGCAUCAGCUGGCUCUGCAGAGUACAGGCAGGGAUCUCACACUCUCUGGAGGCAGCAUGGACAUGGGUUUGAUGUGCCAGCCUAUCCAGAGCAGACCUCAGAGAUACAGCUCCUUGGAGCUUGAUACACAGGGGUAGCCCAGAUUUAGAGCAGGCAGCACGAGCAGAAAAAGUUUCCACUUUCACUGAGUCUGGGAAAGUGUUCAGAGCUAUUAAAGUAUGACUCUGCAAGCUUCCUGCAAGGGAACAUUCUGAGAAUCCCUGUCAUAAUCAUAAAAGGCUUCAUCAGUGUUACAUUAUGGAAAUUUGCUGAGACUCCUUUCCGCUUCAUUUUGCUCUCUCUUCCUCCUAUCAUCAAUGUUUUCCUCCCACCUCUCUUUUACUUUGCUCUUCGUGGGUGUUUUCUCUGUGGCUACUCCCUCUGACAUUUAUGUUUCGUUAUCUUCUCAUCAUCAAAAGCCUCUCAUUUCCUUAUAAAUCCUUUUCUUUGCCCUCUGUCUCCUUUGUUUCCUAGGUCUCCUUUGGCCAACACACAGAAAGAUGCAGUUUUGUGUCUUUCCUGGAAGGAAGGGCUGAAUCAGGCCUGGUGGGAGCUGAGCAUGUUCUUACAGCAUUCAGAGAAAAAGGGAGAAAGGCAGAGACAUUGAGACACAGACCAUUAAUUCUCUUGUUCAGUGUCCUGUCAUUUUCUUCUCCUUAUAGCAAAGAUCAGCACAAGGAGAUCUGAAUCAAUGCUGAAAUUUUUCUGGGUGACAAAAGCACAACUCCAGAUAUGCUUAACACAAACUGAUUUUUACAUUGCUCUGCCCCUGACCUCGUGAAUUUUUCAAACCAGCUGUGACUUUUUGGUGUCAUGGUAACCAGAUUCAUUAUCUCAGUGGGCUAUCACACACAGAUAAAUGACUGCAUGGCAGUAACGGGCACACAAUUACAUCACACAGGUCAUUCGGUUUUCCUGCAGCUGAUUAUUUCUAAGACAUGUGACAUGGGAAAGAAAGGAGUAAAGGGACUGUGGUGCCUUGCUCAGUUGGCUCUUUCUGUGGCAGCAUGGAGGACUGGAGAUGAAAGAGUGCGACAAUGACCUUCAAGGCUUUUGCCAUUCAGGGUUUUUUUCAGAGGAGAUUUGGGACAGUGUGUGAAGUAGCUCCUGAAGCUGAUACUAACUCCGACAGAGGCUGCAUCAAGGUGGCAACGUUUAAGAUGUUGAAUGACUGUGGUCUAGCUCCUGUUCCUGUCAUUGAUGCAUUCUCCAGACCCAUACAGGUCUUAUUUCCCUACUAUUUCUGCUAUUUCCCCAUUUCUGUCACCCCAUUCAAUAAGUGCAGGCAUUGGACCUUCCUAAAGUUUGCCUGGUACAGGACAUGAGGUUAAAGGCAGUAUGAGCAGUCGGGCCCAAGUAAAGACAGGGUUAUCACCCUGGUUUUGGACAUAUGUGAAAAUUAAAUUCUAGUAACUGUGGUCUUUUUUAGAGGAUUGAGUCUAACACACAAAAUCCUUCCAGAGCAUCAUCUUACACACGUGCUAAGAGGGACAAAUUUCUCAUGUCCCAUGUCAAGCCUUUCGGAUUCAAUGUUGCUGUUUUUCUUUCACAUUGCACAGGGUUUGGGCUUGAGGUUCCAUGUCCAAUUUUGACUGCCUUUCCCUUCUGCAUCUUGGUUGGUGAUUUCUGAAAGGCAAGCUGACUUCAGCUUCUUUGGGGACUGCACAGCAAUUCAAAGCUUUCACUUUUGGUUUUAGCCAAUCAGGAUUCGCACAUUUUGUUUAACUAAUCCUCUCUCCAAAACCCACAAACUUAAUUUGUGAAGGUUGAUUGUGUCUGUUAAUAAUACACCUGUCGUAGCUGGGAGUGAAUGGAGCUAAAAGGUGAGUUUAAAAAAAUCUUUAAAAAACAGUGGCAAUAAUGCCAUUAUAAUUCUCCAGUGUGUUGGGAACAAGAGAAAUUCUGUGUAAUUAAUGCAAGUGAGGGCACUUUGACCAUGCCAUCAAGCUGCUUGAGCAGACUGAAUGUGUUACUGAGAUAUGUCCUGGCACCUUUCUGUCUGUUGCCCCUUCCUUUCCCUUUGUCCUGAUUGCUUCCAAAAUCCAACUUCCCAAA